ACUGCGGCAGCAUGUGGUGGCCGCUGCUGCUGCUCAUGUUUCACUCAUCUGUUGGUGGCCUGGGUGCUAAACACAUCAACUUUGCUCAGCUGACGUGUGACAACGUACACGACAACAAUACUGAUGUGCUCCAAGGCUGUCGCUUUAGCGUCAUCUCCAGAGAUGACCUACAGGUCAUCUGCAUCAUACUUUCCGUUCACACUGGGUCAAGUGACCUCGUGAGUGCGUAUAGGACGAAACUGUUAGACACACUGACGUUCCGCAUUCUGCCUCCAACACAUAUGGAGCAACAAGGAGUAUAUUGUGCCUAUCUCCAGUCCGUGCAUCUCCGUAAGUGGUCCAAGGACAUACCAGAUGGCCACACGAUUGGGGUACUGGCAGCUGGUUUCCUCAGCUUCAUCUCCUUAUUCUCGGACGAUAGUUAUGGACACAUCAACUUCACAAAGCAGUUUCCCGUUGCUAAGAUCUACGUUCAUUCGCACUGCCGUGGUUUAUUCAGGCAACAACUAAAAGAAGACUGUAUUGAGAAGGUCAUAUUCUUGACGGAUAUCAUCCAUGCAGCCUACAACUGGACGUUCACCAACGACGACUUCUGGCCGUUCCUGUUGCGGCGCUUUGUGGGCGAAUUGGGAGCUGAGUUGACGCAUCUGUCGUUGGGCUCUUCAGAUUUACUGACCGCCAUCCCAGUCAGUUUUCUAACACAACAUCUCUCCCCUGAUCUGCACAUGAGAGUGCUGAAGCUGGCGGAUAUGACGAUUGGCCAACUGGAGAAACCUCUCCUUAUAAUGCCCACACUGCAUGAACUGAGCCUUCCCGACGACAACAUUAGUAGCGUCAGUGAAGCUGCGCUCGAGGGCGUACCCUGGUUGCUGAAGCUGGACCUCUCUGGCAACGAGUUGGAGGAACUGCCACAGCUGUUGCCUGCAAGACUAGAGAACCUCAAUGUCUCCCGCAAUAGGAUGUUUGCUCUCAACGCCAGACUGCCUCAGUCACUCAUCACCCUCAACGUUUCCUUCAACAAUCUAGAGACGCUGCCGGAGCCGCUACCUGGCGGCCUACAGAAGCUGGAUGCGUCCAACAAUAGGCUGAGGAGGCUACCCCAGAGGCUACCAGCAGGACUGUGGCUGCUCGCCGUCUCCCACAACCUGCUGCUGGAGCUGCCCCAGCACCUGCCUCCAGCGCUGCAAGUACUGCAGGUGUCCCACAACAGGCUGCAGACGUUGUGCCCUCAGUUGCUGGUACCACUGCAGACAUUGAGGCUGCUGGACGCGUCGCACAACGGGCUGUCUGCCGUGGAGGACCUGUGGCUGUCCCACCAGAUGGAGCUGCUCAACGUCUCCCACAACCAGCUGCGGCGACUCAACCUUUUGGGGCCGGGAUAUGUGUCAUACAUAGACGCAUCGUACAACGACAUCCAGUCCUGGAAGGUUCGAGGCCACGAGAUCGCCCUGGUGGGGAACCCUGGGGCGGCGCUGGGCCUGGAGUGGUCCGGCGGCUCGUACCCUAGCCCGUCACUACUGGUGGACCUGGGGGAGGACCUGCUGCUGGACUGCGACCCCUGCUCCCCGGCCAGCCGCGUCGCCCUGCGGCUGCGCUGCUGUCUGCUCCGCCAGAUGUCCAACAGUGCGGACCGGGAGUGGGUUGUGGACCAACUAGUACCGCACCUGGAGACUGCGGGGGAUUCCCCCGAUGAAGUGGCGCUGCGUCUCUGCCUGCACGAGAGGGACUUCCCCCUGGGAUCCUACAUUGCUGACAACAUUGUCACCUCCAUGAAAACCAGCCGCUCAACAGUCAUUGUCCUGUCUCAAGCUUUCGUCGACAGCCGGUGGUGCCGCUGGGAGCUGGAUCUGGCGUCGCAGAAGGUGCACCACUUGGUGCUGUUGGAGCUGGAACGGCUGGAGCGGCACCAGCUGGAGCGGCACCUGCGCUACCUGAUGGACACUCGCACCUACCUGACGUGGCCGUCGCAGCCAUCCGCCCAGCACUCCAUGUGGAGGCGGCUGCGAGCCGUCCUCACCGCGCCGGCGGGGUCUCCCGCUGCGGACACUGACACUGACGGUGCAGACGUCGACGACCACACUCCUGACAACGAGCAGCAGCAGCUGCGGAUGGUGGACGCCACUACCUUCACUGUGUAACUUCGGCCGAGGAAGAGUGGCAUCUAUACUCUUCUUUGCAACAGACAUACUGUACCUUUGAAAUUGAGUGGGUCUGCGUGUUUUCCGAAUAGCACUCCAUUAAGUGUGGUUGAUACUGAUUACGAUAUGGGUCCUGAUUCGAAACAUCUGGACCGUUCCUCUGAUUUACAUGCCUGUGGUAGUAGUCAGUUUUAUGACUCCACGACGUUAGUACAAAUAUUCCUCUUAAUUACCUUGCCACGGAUAGAGGCAACGAUGGAUGAAAAUCUCGUGUUUGCGUUUGAUGAUGAUUUCUUUUUUGGGCGCACAAAACAAGAACAUCAGCACCUAUGCACGUAAUGUAAAUGAUAAGUAUGUUAUAAGCGUUCAGAGGAAUGGUGUGAAAGGAUAGAAUUCAUUAAUAUCAGGCAAGUAAGUGCACAUAUGCGACCUAUUGUCUAAAAUGUUUCAAUAUCUAUUUCUAUUGAACGAAAUAUAGCAUUGUUCUAGAAAACCUAAAUAAAAUAUUACUU